AUGAGUCUUUUUACAGUUACUUCGGGUAAUUUAAAGUACAAGGAGGAAGUACGCAAUAAUGUACACAAUAACUUGGUACGUUUCGAUUUCAUGAAGGGUCCUAACGACAAUCCGAAAAUCAAUGCUUUCAUAUUAUUGAAAAGAGACGUUCAACGUAUACCACGGCUAAAGCCUUUACAUAAAGACACUUUCUAUCCAGAUAUAGAUGAUAGUGCUUCCAUUAGAUGUGCAAAUAAAAAGAAGGUCCUUAACGGCCAACAUAGAAAAUUAGUUUCCAAUGAAGAAGAUACCAAAACGGAUGAGUAUCCAAAGAAAUUACCAGCAGUGGAAAAUGAAGAAGAUAUUAACGAUGAAUUCUGUGAAUUACUUUCGAAAACAGAACGUCCUCGUAAGCCAAGCGGUCCGCGACAACUGGACCCAUAUUCGAUGGACGAUUCUACGUUGCUUUUACCAAUAUAUACAGCAUUUAUUCCGUUACUGAUUAACUGUACAUUAAAUAUUAAACAUGCACAAGAGUAG